UCAGACGGAAAAAAGAGGACCCCGUGCUGGACCGAUCGGUACGGAAUUCGUGAAAAGGCUCUUGUUUUGCCAUUGCUAGCCAAGACAAAACGCGACAUCGAGCUUUCCUCUCUAAAACCCGCCGAUUUAACCCGCUCCCUUACCUCAUUCAGCUCUCACUCGGUCCCCAAUUCAAACAAAAAGGAAAAAUGCAAAGCGCUGGCAAACUUGCUAUGGUUUUAGGAACCCGAACAUUUCUUCUCAAUUCCAAUCGCCGAUUCCCCUCCUCAUUCACUCAAAUCAACUCAUCUCCCCUCUCUUCUCUUCAAUGCCAACUUCACACAGACGCUUCCUCAGGGAUGUGGAGAGGAUGUAAUUUUCCAAUGCAACAGCAUCCUGUUCAAUCGACGAUGUCAAGGACAUAUUUUUCUACGGAAGCAGUAAGCGCAAAUGCCAAUCAUGCCGCCUGCAAGCAAACUGAAAACGCUAUGAAGUAUGUGUUUAAUGAAAAUAUAAGUGCAGAAAAAUCUAGAAAUCUUGAUUACUGUUGGAUAGCUGUCCCUGCAGGAAGCCGUAUGGCUGCCAUUGCCGCUGCUGAUGCUUGUGAUUCAAAUGCAGCACUUUUGGUGAGUGGUAGCCUGCGUGCUCUAGAACCAAUCUUCAAGAUCUAUGGCCAGCAUCGUGCAUUCUCAGGACCCAUUGUAACCCUUAAGGUAUUUGAGGACAAUGUGUUUGUCAGGCAGCUUCUUGAAACCAGAGGUGAAGGAAGAGUGUUGGUUAUAGAUGGCGGGGGAAGCACAAGAUGUGCUUUGGUCGGAGGGAAUUUGGUACAGUCAGCUCAAAACAUGGGGUGGGCUGGUAUUGUUGUGAAUGGCUGUGUGAGAGACGUGGAUGAGAUUAAUGCAUGUGAUAUAGGGGUUUGAGCACUGGGAUCUAAUCCCUUGAAAUCAAACAAGAAGGCUGUUGGUGACAAGCAUGUCCCGAUUCGCAUUGCAGGAACCUUGAUCCAUGAUGGGGAAUGGCUGUAUGCUGAUAGCGAUGGCAUUCUUAUCUCGAAAACAGAACUAUCUGUCUAAUGCAGCAGUUACCGAGCCAAAAAGGGGAUCGAACUUUUAGUCACUGGCAUCAUCCUAAUUGUCAGUCGGAUAGGAAGAUUUUCUUGUUUAAACAUAUUUUAGCUUUGGGAUAAAAAUACAGUUGUAUAUUCUUGAAAGAUGAAUGUGCAAGGUUGAUUGAAGUUGGAGUUCUUCGUUACUUUGCUGAUAAGGUUUCAAGUUUCCCUUAUUGUGACCGAGAUUAUGCAUA